AUGGUGAAAUUUGCCUUUCAUUCUUCGCCCCUGUUUUUUCUUCUGUUAUCAAUGAGCCUCCCGUUCCUCAAUCCGAGACAUUAUUCUCUCUUGCAGUGCGCCUCCCCUUCCUCAAUCCGAGCCGUUAUUCUCUCUUGCAGUGGGCCUCCCGUUCCUCAAUCCGAGCCUCUAAUCUCUCUUGCAGUGCACCUCCCCUUCCUUAAUCAGAGCGCUUAUUCUCUCUUGCAGUGCGCCUCCCGUUCCUCAAUCCGAGCCUAUAUUCUCUCUGGCAGUGCUCCUCCCGUCCCUCAAUCCGAGACUCUAAUCUCUCUUGGAGUGCGCCUCCCUUCCUCAAUCCGAGCCUGCGCCUCAGGUUCCUCAAUCCAAGCCUCUAUUCUGUCUUGCAGUGCGCCUCCCAGUGUUCUCUCAAUCCAAGACUCUAUUCUCUCUUGCAGUGCGCCUCCGUUCCUCAAUCCGAGCCUCUACUCUCUUGCAGUGCGCCUUCCCUUCCUCAAUCCGAUCAAUCCUAUAUUCUCUCUUGCAGUACCGCCUCCGUUCCUCAAUGCGAGCCUCUAUUCUCUCUUGCAAUUACCUCCGUUCUUCAAUCCGAGCCUCUAUUCUCUCUUUGCAGUGCCUCCCGUUCCUCAAUUCGAGCCUAUAUUCUCUCUUUUUGCUGUGCCUCCCGUUCAUCAAUCGAGCCUAUAUUCUCUCUUGCAGUGCGCCUCCCGUUCCUCAAUCCCAGCCUAUAUUCUCUUUUGCAGUGCGCCUCCCUGCGCCUCCCCUUCCUCAAUCGAGCCGUUAUGCUCUCUUGCAUUGCGCCUCCUGUUCCGUAAUACUAGACUCUAUUCUCUCUUUCAGUGCGACUCACGUUCCUCAAUCCGAGGAGUUAUUCUGUCUUACUUGCGCCUCCCGCCUCAAUCGAGCCUCUAUUCCUCUUGCAGUGCGCUCCUUCCUCAAUCUAUUCACUCUCUUGCAGUGCGCCUCCGUUCCUCAAUCGAGCCUUUAAUCUCUCUUGCAGUGCGCCUCCCGUUCCUCAAUCCGAGCCUAUAUUCUCUCUCUUGCAGUGCGGCUCUCCGUUCCUCAAUCCGAGCCGCUAUUUCUCUCUUGAAGUGCGCCUCCAAUCGGAAACCUUCCUCAAUCCGAAUCAGCCUAUAUUCUCUCUUGCAGUGCGCCUCCCGUUCCUCAAUCCGGCCUAUAUUCUCUCUUGCAGUGCGCCUCCCCGUUCCUCAAUCCGAGCAGUAUUCUCUCUUGCAGUGCGCCUCCCGUUCCUCAAUCCGAGCCUCUAUUCUCUCUUGCAGUGCGCCUCCCUUCCUCAAUCGAGCCUAUAUUCUCUCUUUGCAGUGCCUCCCGUUCCCUCAAUCGGAGCCUAUUCUCUCUUGCAGUGCGCCUCCCGUUCCUCAAUCCAGCUAUAUUCUCUCUUGCAGUGCGCCUCCGUUCCUCAAUCCGAGCCUAUAUUCUCUCUGCAGUACACUCCUUCCUCCAAUCCGAGCCUAUAUUCUCUCUUGCAGUGCGCCUCCCGUUCCUCAAUCCGAGCCUAUAUUCUCUCUUGCAGUGCGCCUCCCGUUCCUCAUCCGAGCCUAUAUUCUCUCUUGUAGUGCGCCUCCUUCUCAAUCCAGCCUCUAUUCUCUCUUGCAGUGCGCCUCCCGUUCCUCAAUCAGAGCCGUUAUUCUCUCUUGUAGUGAGCCUCCCGUUCCUCAAUCCGAGCCUAUAAUCUCUCUUGCAGUGCGCCUCCCCUUCCUCAAUCCGAGCCUAUAUUCUCUAUUGCAGUGCGCCUCCCGUUCCUCAACCCGAGCCUAUAUUCUCUCUUUCAGUGCGCCUCCCCUUCCUCAAUCCGAGCCUAUAUUCUCUCUUUGCCGUGCGCCUCCCUUCCUCAAUCCGAGCCUAUAUUCUCUCUUGCAGUGCGCCUCCCGUUCCUCAAUCCGAGCCUAUAAUCUCUCUUUCAGUGCGCCUCCCUUCUCAAUCCGAGCCUAUAUUCUCUCUUUCAGUGCGCCUCCUUCCUCAAUCCAGACCCUCCUCUCUUGCAAUCCGAGCCUAUAUUCUCUCUUUCAGUGCCCUCCCUUCCUCAAUCCGAGCCUAUAUUCUCUCUUGCAGUCCCGCCCUCCGUUCUCUCUUGCAAUCCUCCCUUCCUCAAUCCAGGCCAAUAAUCUCUCUUGCAGUGCGCCUCCCCUUCCUCAAUCCGAGCCUAUAUUCUCUCUUGCAGUGCGCCUCCCGUUCCUCAAUCGAGCCUAUAUUCUCUUUCAGUGCGCCUCCCCUUCCUCAAUCCGAGCCUAUAUUCUCUUGCAGUGCGCCUCCGUUCCUCAAUCCGGAUUUAUAUUCUCUCUUGCAGUGCGCCUCCCCUUCCUCAAUCCGAGCCUAUAUUCUCUCUUGCAGUGCGCCUCCCUUCCUCAAUCCGAGCCUCCUUCUCAUAUUCUCUCUUGCAUGCGCCUCCCCUUCCUCAAUCCGAGCCUAUAUUCUCUCUUGCAGUGCGCCUCCCUUCCUCAAUCCGAGCCUAUAUCUCUCUUGCAGUGCGCCUCCCGUCCUCAAUCCGAGCCUAUAUUCUCUCUUUCAGUGCGCCUCCUUCCUCAAUCCGAGCCUAUAUUCUCUCUUGCAGUGCGCGCCUCCGUUCCUCAAUCCGAGCCUAUAUUCUCUCUUGCAGUGCGCCUCCUCAAUCCGUUCCUCUUGCAAUCCGAGCCUAUAUUCUCUCUUGCAGUGCCUCCCUUCCUCAAUCCGAGCCUAUAUUCUCUCUUGCAGUGCGCCUCCCUUCCUCAAUCCGAGCCUAUAAUCUCUCUUGCAGUGCGCCUCCCUUCCUCAAUCCGAGCCUAUAUUCUCUCUUGCAGUGCGCCUCCUCAAUCCGUUCCUCAAUCCCGAGCCUAUAUUCUCUCUUGCAGUGCGCCUCCCUUCCUCAAUCCUCUUGAGCCUAUAUUCUCUCUUUGCAGUGCGCCUCCCCCUUCCUCAAUCCUAGCCUAUAUUCUCUCUUGCAGUGCGCCUCCCUUCCUCAAUCCUCCUAUAAUCUCUCUUGCAGUGCCUCCCUUCCUCAAUCCGAGCCUAUAUUCUCUUGCAGUGCGCCUCCCCUUCCUCAAUCCGAGCCUAUAUUCUCUCUUGCAGCGCCUCCGUUCCUCAAUCCUCAAUCCUCUUGCAGCCUAUAUUCUCUCUUGCAGUGCGCCUCCCUGCGCCUCCCUUCCUCAAUCCGACCUAUAUUCUCUCUUGCAGUGCGCCUCCUUCCUCAAUCUGAGCCUCUAUUCUCUCUUGCAGUGCGCCUCCCUUUCUCCUCAAUCCGAACCUAUAUUCUCUCUUUGCAGUCCUCCCUUCCUCAAUCCUAGCCUAUAUUCUCUCUUGCAGUGCGCCUCCCCUUCCUCAAUCCCGAGCCUAUAUUCUCUCUUGCAGUACGCCUCCCUUCCUCAAUCCCGAGCCUAUAUUCUCUCUUGCAGUGCGCCUCCCGUUCCUCCAAUCGAGCCUAUAUUCUCUCUUGCAGUGCGCCUCCCGUUCCUCAAUCCAGAGCCUAUAUUCUCUCUUGCAGUGCGCCUCCUCAAUCCUAUAAUCUCUCUUGAGCCCCUAUUCGUUCCUGCAGUUAUUCUCUCUUGCAGUGCUCCCCCUUCCUCAAUCCGAGCCUAUAUUCUCUCUUGCAGUGCGCCUCCUUCCUCAAUCCGAGCCUAUAUUCUCUCUUUGCAAUCCGAGCCUUGCUCUCUUUGCCUCCCGUGCCUCCCUAUAUUCUCUCUUGCAGUGCGCCUCCCUUCCUCAAUCCGAGCCUAUAUUCUCUCUUGCAGUGCGCCUCCCGUUCCUCAAUCCGAGAGCCUAUGUUCCAUCCUCUAUAUUCUCUUGCGGUGCGCCUCCCGUUCCUCAAUCCGGAGCCUAUAUUCUCUCUGCAGUGCGCCUCCGUUCCUCAAUCCGAGCCUAUAUUCUCUCUUGCAGUGCGCCUCCCUUCCUCAACGCCUCCGUUCCUAUAUUCUCUCUUGCAGUGCGCCUCCCUUCCUCAAUCGGAGACUAUAUUCUCUCAUUGCAGUGCGCCUCCCCUCGUUUCCUCAAUCCGAGCCUAUAUUCUCUCUUUGCAGUGCGCCUCCCGUUCCUCAAUCCGAGCCUAUAUUCUUCUUGCAGUGCCUCCGUUCCUCAAUCCGAGCCUAUAUUCUCUCUUUCAGUGCGCCUCCCCUUCCUCAAUCCGAGCCUAUAUUCUCUCUUUCAGUGCGCCUCCCGUUCCUCAAUCCGAGCCUAUAUUCUUUCUCUUUCUCAAUCCGAGUGCGCCUCCCGUUCCUCAAUCCGAGCCUAUAUUCUCUCUUGCAGUUCCCCUCAGCCUCCAUUUCCUCAAUCCGAGCCUAUAUUCUCUCUUUGCAGUGCGCCUCCCCUUCCUCAAUCCGAGCCUAUAUUCUCUCUUGCAGUGCGCCUCCCGUUCCUCAAUCCGAGCCUAUAUUCUCUCUUGCAGUGCGCCUCCUUCCUCAAUCCAGAGCCUAUAUUCUCUCUUGCAGUGCGCCUCCCGUUCCUCAAUCCCGAGCCUAUAUUCUCUCUUGCUUGCAGUGCACCUCCCCUUCCCUCAAUCCGAGCCUAUAUUCUCUCUCUUUGCAGUGCGCCUCCCCUUCCUCAAUCCGAGCCUCCUAUUCUCUCUUGCAGUGCGCCUCCCUUCCUCAAUCCCGAGCCUAUAUUCUCUCUUUCAGUGCGCCUCCGUUCCUCAAUCCGAGCCUAUUCUCUCUUUCAGUGCGCCUCCCUUCCUCAAUCCGAGCCUAUAUUCUCUCUUGCAGUGCGCCUCCUGUUCCUCAAUCCGAGCCUAUAUUCUCUCUUGCAGUGCAGUUCCUCCAAUCGAGCCCUAUAUUCUCCUUCUCAGUGCGCCUCCCUUCCUCAAUCCGAGCCUAUAUUCUCUCUUGCAGUGCGCCUCCCUUCCUCAAUCCGAGCCUAUAUUCUCUCUUGCAGUGCCUCCCCCCUUCCUCAAUCCGAGCCUAUAUUCUCUCUUUUCAGUGCGCCUCCCCUUCCUCAAUCCUCUUUCAGAGCCUAUAUUCUCUCUUGCAGUGCGCCCCUGUUCCUCAAUCCGAGCCUAUAUUCUCUCUUGCAGUGCGCCUCCCCAUCCUCAAUCCGAGCUCCUUCUCUCUUGAGUACUUGCUAAUCGAUAUAUUCUCUCUUGCAGUGCGCCUCCCCUUCCUCAAUCCGAGCCUAUAUUCUCUCUUGCAGUGCGCCUCCCGUUCCUCAAUCCGAGCCUAUAUUCUCUCUUUGCAGUGCGCCUCCUGUUCCUCAAUCCGAGCCUAUAUUCCUCUCUUGCAGUGCGCCUCCCGUUCCUCAAUCCGAGCCUAUAUUCUCUCUUGCAGUGCGCCUCCUCCGUUCUCAAUCCGAGCCUAUAUUCUCUCUUUUCAGUCUCUUGCCUCCCGUUCCUCAAUCCAGAGCCUAUAUUCUCUCUUGCAGUGCGCCUCCCCGUUCCUCAAUCCGAGCCUAUAUUCUCUCUUGCAGUGCGCCUCCCCGACCUUCCUCUCAAUCCUCAAUCCCUAUAUUCUCUCUUGCAGUGCGCCUCCCGUUCCUCAAUCCGGCCUUCCUCAAUGCCCUCCGCCUAUAUUCUCUCUUUCAGUGCGCCUCCCCUUCCUCAAUCCGAGCCUAUAUUCUCUCUUUCAGUGCGCCUCCCAGUGCGCCUCCCGUUCUCAAUCCGAGCCUAUAUUCUCUCUUGCAGUGCGCCUCCCGUUCCUCAAUCCGAGCCUAUAUUCUCUCUUGCAGUGCGCCUCCCGUUCCUCAAUCCGAGCCUAUAUUCUCUUCUUUUGCAGUGCGCCUCCCGUUCCUCAAUCCGAGCCUAUAUUCUCUCUUUGCAGUGCGCCUCCCGUUCCUCAAUCCGACCUAUAUUCUCUCUUGCAGUGCGCCUCCCGUUCCUCAAUCCAAAGCCGUUAUUCUCUCUUGCAGCCUCCCUUCUCAAUCCGAGCCUAUAAUCUCUCUUGCCUCCCCUUCUCAAUCGAGCCUAUAUUCUCUGUGCAGUGCUCCAACCCGAGCCUAUAUUCUCUCUCCAGAGCCUAUAUUCUCUCUUGCAGCCUAUAUUCUCUUGCAGUGCCUCCGCCUCCUCUUGCAGUUCCUUCCUCAAUCCGAGCCUAUAUUCUCUCUUGCAGUGCGCUCCGUUCCUCAAUCCGAGCCUAUAUUCUCUCUUGCAGUGCCUCCCGCCUCCCUGUUCCUCAAUCCGAGCCUAUUCUCUCUCUUGCAGUGCGCCUCCCGUUCCUCAAUCCCGAGCCUAUAUUCUCUCUUUUCAGUGCGCCUCCCGUUCCUCAAUCCGAGCCUAUAUUCUCUCUUUCAGUGCGCCUCCUUUUCCUCAAUCCGAGCCUAUAUUCUCUCUUGCAGUGCGCCUCCCGUUCCUCAAUCCUCAGCCUAUAUUCUCUUUGCAGUGCGCCUCCCGUUCCUCAAUCCGGAGCCUAUUCUCUCUUUGCAGUGCGCCUCCCGUUCCUCAAUCCGAGCCUAUUCUCAUUCUCUCUUGCCUCCUUCAGUCCGCCUCUAUUCUCCAGUGCGCCUCCCGUUCCUCAAUCUCUCUUUCAGCCUAUAUUCUCUCUUGCAGUGCGCCUCCGUUCCUCAAUCCGAGCCUAUAUUCUCUCUUUCAGUGCGCCUCCUGUUCCUCAAUCCGAGCCUAUAUUCUCUCUUGCAGUGCGCUCCCCGUCCUCAAUCCGAGCCUAUAUUCUCUCUUCCCGUUCAACUGUGCGCCUCCCCUUCCUCAAUCCGAGCCUAUAUUCUCUCUUUCAGUGCGCUCCUUCCUCAAUCCGAGCCUAUAUUCUCUCUUGCAGUGCGCCUCUGUUCCUCCCGAGCCUAUCUCUCUUUCCGAGCCCUCCCGUUCCUCUCUUCUCUUUCAGUGCUCCUCCUUCCUCAAUCCGAGCCUAUAUUCUCUCUUGCAGUGCGCCUCCCGUUCCUCAAUCCGAGCCUAUAUUCUCUCUUUUCAGUGCGCCCCGUUCCCCUUCCUCAAUCCGAGCCUAUAUUCUCUUUGCAGUGCGCCUCCCGAUUCUAUUCCUCAAUCCUCCCCGCCUAUAUUCUCUCUUGCAGUGCGCCUCCCGUUCCUCAAUCCGAGCCUAUUUCUCUCUUGCAGUGCGCCUCCCUUCCUCAAUCUCUCUUGAGCCUAUAUUCUCUCUUGCAGUGCGCCUCCCUUCCUCAAUCCGAGCCUAUAUCUCUCUCUUGCAGUGCGCCUCCUGUUUCUCAAUCCAUAUAUUCUCUCUUUCAGUGCGCCUCCCGUUCCUCAAUCCGAGCCUAUUCUCUUGCUCUUGUUUUCCUCUGCGCCUCCUGCCUCAACUCCUAUCGGCGUUAUUCUCUUUCAGUUGCGCCUCCCGUUCCUCAAUCCGAGCCCCUAUUCUCUUUUGCAGUGCGCCUCCCCUUCCUCAAUCGAGCCUAUAUUCUCUUUUGGUGCGCCUCCCGUUCCUCAAUCCGAGCCUAUAUUCUCUCUUGCCUGCCUUCCUCAAUCCGAGCCUAUAUUCUCUCUUGUGCGCCUCCCGUUCCUCAAUCCGAGCUCUAAUUCUCUUGCAGUGCGCCUCCCGUUCCUCAAUCCGAGCCUAUAUUCUCUCUUUGCAGUGCGCCUCCCGUUCCUCAAUCCGAGCCUAUAUUCUCUCUUGCAGUGCGCCGCCUUCCUCAAUCCAGACACUUUCUCUCUUGCAUCGUUCCUCAAUCGAGCCUAUAUUCUCUCUUUCAGUGCGCCUCCGUUCCUCAAUCGGAGCCUAUAUUCUCUCUCUUGCAGUGCGCUCUCCCCUUCCUCAAUCCCGAGCCUAUAUUCUCUCUUGCAGUGCGCCUCCUGUUCCUCAAUCCAAGCCUAUAUUCUCUCUUUCAGUGCGCCUCUCCCCUUCCUCAAUCCCCUAUAUCUCUCUUUUGCCUAUAUUCUCUCUUUGCGCCUCCCGUUCCUCAAUCCGAGCCUAUAUUCUCUCUUUCAGUGCGCCUCCCGUUCCUCAAUCCGAGCCUAUAUUCUCUCUUUCAGUGCGCCUCCCGUUCCUCAAUCGAGCCGCUAUUCUCUCUUUCAGUGCGCCUCCCCUUCCUCAAUCCGAGCCUAUAUUCUCUCUUGCAGUGCGCUCUCCCUCCCUUCCUCAAUCCGAGCCUAUAUUCUCUCUUUUCAGUGCGCCUCCUCGUUCCUCAAUCCGAGCCUAUAUUCUCUCUUGCAGUGCGCCUCCCGUUCCUCAAUCCGAGCCUAUAUUCUCUCUUUACAUGCGCCUCCCGUUCCUCAAUCCCUAUAUUCUCUCUUUCAGUGCGCCCGUUCCUCAAUCCGACUAUUCUCUCUUGCAGUGCGCCUCCCCUUCCUCAAUCCUCUUGAGCCUAUAUUCUCUUGCAUUUCCUCAAUCCGUCCCGUUCCUUAAUCCGAGCCUAUUUCUCUCUUGCAGUGCGCCUCCGUUCCUCAAUCCUCUUGAAGCCCUCCAUUCCUCAUUCUCUCUUUCAGUGCGCCUCCCGUUCCUCAAUCCGAGCCUAUAUUCUCUCUUUGCAGUGCGCCUCCCGUUCCUCAAUCGAGCCUAUAUUCUCUCUUGCAGUUGCCUCCUGUUCCUCAAUCCGAGCCUAUAUUCUCUUUGCAUGCGCCUCCUGUUCCUCAAUCCGAGCCUAUUCUUCUUGCAGUGCCUCCUUUCAAUCGAGCCUAUUCCCUUUCCUCCUGCCCUCAAUCCGGAGCCUAUAUUCUCUCUUUCAGGGCGCCUCCGUUCCUCAAUCCGAGCCUAUAUUCUCUUUCAGUGCGCCUCCCGUUCCUCCAAUCAGGCCUAUAUUCUCUCUUGCAGUACUUGUCCCCGUUUCAAUCGCGCCUCUAUUCUCUCUUGUUCCCCCCUCAAUCCGAGCCUAUAUCUCUUGCAGUGCGGUCAUAAUCGUCCUAAAACUCGCUUGCAGUACGCCUCCCGUUCCUCAUUCCAUGCCUAUUCUCUCUUGCAGUGCGCCUUCUGUUCCUCAAUCCGAGCCUAUAUUCUCUCUUGCAGUGCGCCUCCCGUUCCUCCAAUCCGGCCUAUUCUCUCUUGCAGUGCGCCUCCUUUCCUCAAUCUGAGCCUAUAUUCUCUCUUGCAGUGCGCCUCCCCUUCCUCAAUCCGAGCCUAUAUUCUCUCUUGCAGUGCGCCUCCCGUUCCUCAAUCCGAGCCUCUAUAUUCUUCCUCAAUUGCAGUGCGCCUCCCGUUCAUCAAUCCGAGCCUAUAUUCUCUCUUGCAAUCCGCCUCCCCUUUCAAUCCCGACCCCGUUCCUCAAUCCUUUUCUCUUGUACGCCUCCAUUCCUCAAUCAGAAACCUAUAUUCUCUCUUUCUCUCUUAUACCCCUUCCCUCAAUCCGAACCUAUAUUCUCUCUUGCAGUUCCUAUUCUCUCUUUUGCGCCUCCCGUUCCUCAAUCCAGGCCUAUAUUCUCUCUUGCGUUGCGCCUCGUUCCUCAAUCCAGAGCCUAUAUUCUCUCUUUCAAUUGCGCCUCCGUUCCUCAAUCCCGAGCCUAUAUUCUCUCUUUCAGUGCCCUCCCUUCCUCAAUCCGAAGCCUAUAUUCUCUCUUGCAAUUGCCUCCGUUCCUCAAUCCCGACCUAUAUUCUCUCUUGCAGUGCGCCUCCCGUUCCUCAAUCCGAGCCUAUAUUCUCUCUUUGCAGUUGCCUCCGUUCCUCAAUCCGAGCCUAUAUUCUCUUUGCAGUGCGCCUCCUUCCUCAAUCCGAGCCUAUUCUUCUCUCCCUUCCUCAAUGCCCUCCCUGCACGGUGCACUUGCUCCGUUUAUCCCAACCUAUAUUCUCUCUUGCAGUGCGCCUCCCGUUCCACAAUCCGAGCCUAUAUUCUCUCUUUCAGUGCGCCUCCAUUCCUCAAUCCAGUACUCAGCUCUUGCAAUGCGCCUCCGUUCCUCAAUCAGGCCUCUAUUCUCUCUUGCGGUGCACCUCAAUCAGGGCCGUUAUUCUCUCUUGUCCAACCUCAAUCCGGGCCUAUAAUCUCUCUUGCAGUGCCUCCCCCUUCCUCAAUCCCGAGCCUAUAUUCUCUCUUUGCAGUGCGCCUCCGUUCCUCAACCCCGACCUAUAUUCUCUCUUUUCAGUACGCCUCCCCCUUCCUCAAUCCGAGCCUAUAUUCUCUCUUUGCAGUGCGCCUCCCCAUCCUCAAUCCCGAGCCUAUAUUCUCUCUUUCAGUGCGCCUCCCCUUCCUCAAUCUGAGCCUAUAUUCUCUUGCAGUGCGCCUCCGUUCCUCAAUCCGAGCCUAUAUUCUCUUGCAGUACGCCUCCCGUUCCACAAUCCGAGCCUAUAUUCUCUCUUUCAGUGCGCCUCCCAUUCCUCAAUCAAAUCCGCCGCCUAUUCUCUCUUGCAAUGCGCCUCCCGUUCCUCAAUCAGAAUCCCUAUUCUCUCUUGCAGCCUCCCGUUCCUCAAUCCAGGGCUAUUCUCCCGUUCCUCAAUCCCGCCUAUAUUCUCUCUUGCAGUGCGACUCCCGUUCCUCAAUCCCGAGCCUAUAUUCUCUCUUUCAGUGCGCCUCCCCUCAAUCCUCUCUCUUGCAAUCCGUUCCUCAAUCGCCUAUUUCUCUCUUGCAGUACGCCUCCCGUUCCUCUUGAUCCCGUUCCUCAAUCGCCUAUAUUCUCUCUUUCAUUCCGUUCCCCAAUCCAGCCUCCUUUCGUUCCCACAAUCCCAGCCUGUAUUCUCUCUUGCAGUGCGCCUCCCCUUCCUCUAUUCUCGAGCCUCCCGUUCUCCAUAUUCUCUCUUUUGCAGUGCCUCCCCUUCCUUAAUCCUUUUUGAGCCUUAUUCUCUCUUUGCAGUGCCCUCCCCGUUCCUCAAUCCGACCUCUAUUCUCUCUUGCAGUACGCCUCCCGUUCCACAAUCCGAGCCGUUAUUCUCUUGUAUAGCCUCCGUCUCUCCGAGCCUUUCUCUUGCAAUUGCGCCUCCCCUUCCUCAAUCCGGUAGCCUAUUCUCUCUCUUGCAGUGCGCCUCCCGUUCCUCAAUCCGAGCCUCUUCUCUCAUGCAGUGCGCCUCCGUUCCUCCAAUCCAGCCUAUAUUCUCUCUUUGCAGUGCCUCCCGUUCCUCAAUCCCAGCCUAUAUUCUCUUUUGGUGCUUCCGUUCCACAAUCCGAGACUCUUGCAUAUUCCUCCGUUAUUCUCUUUUUUGCAAUUGCGCCUCCCGUUCCUCAAUCCCAGCCUCUAUUCUCUUUUUUGCAGUACGCACGAGACUAUAUUUCUCCGUUCACCAAUCAAACCUUAUUCUCUCUUGCAAUUGCGCCUCCCGUUCCUCAAUCAGAGCCUAUAUUCUCUUUUACAAUUGUUCCUAUAAUCUCAAUUCCACCUCAAUCCGAGCCUAUAUUCUCUCUUCCCCGCUCAGUGCUAUAUUCUCCUUCCUGCAAUCCGAGCCUAUUCUCUCUUGCAGUGCGCCUCCCCUUCCUCAAUCGAGCCUAUAUUCUCUCUUGCAGUGCGCCUCCCGUUCCACAAUCCGAGCCUAUAUUCUCUAUUGCAGUGCGCCUCCCUUCCUCAAUCGAGCCUAUGUUCUCUCUUGCAGUGCCGCCUCCCGAGCCUCUAUUCUCUCUCAUGCAGCCUCCGGUUCUCCGUCAUAUUCUCUCUUGCAGUGCGCCUCCGUUCCUCAAUCCGAGCCGUUAUUCUCUCUUGUAGUGCGCCUCCCGUUCCUCAAUCGACCUACAUUCUCUCUCUUGCAGUGCCUCCCCUUCCUCAAUCGAGGCACUUUCUCUAUUGCAGUACGCUCCCGUUCCUCUAUCAAACCUCUAUUCUCUCUUGCAGUGCACCUCCCGUUCCCUCCGAGCCGUUAUUCUCUCUUGCAGUUGCGCCUCCCAUUCCUCAAUCCCAGCCUAUAUUCUCUCUUGCAGUGCGCCUCCCCGUUCCACAAUCCGUGCCUACAUUCUCUCUUUCAAUUACCUCCCGUUCCUCAAUCGAGCCCUAUAUUCUCUCUUGCAGUGCGCCUCCCGUUCCUCUUACGCCUCCCGUUCCUCAAUCCGAAGCCUUAUUCUCUCUUGUAUUGCGCCUCCGUUCCUCAAUCCGAGCCUAUAAUCUCUCUUGCGCUUGCCCUUCCUCAAUCCGAGCCUAUAUUCUCUCUUGCAGUGCGCCUCCGUUCCCUUGAUCCGAGCCUAUAUUCUCUCUUACGGGUGCGCCUCCCGUUCCUCAAUCCGAGCCCUAUUCUCUCUUGCUGCAGUGCGCCUCCCCGUUCCUCGAUCCGAGCCUACAUUCUCUCUUUCAAUUACCACGCAUCCGUUCCUCCAAUCCGAGCCGCUAUUCUCUCUCUUGCGACCUAUAUUCUCUUUUGCAGCGCUUUAAUUCCAUCCAGUGCCUCUUGCAGUGCCUCCCGUUCCUCAAUCCGAGCCUCUAUUCUCUCUUUUGAAUUACGCCUCCCGUUCCUCAAUCCAGGCCUGUAUUCUCUCUUGUGGUGCGCCUCCUUCCUCAAUCAGAGCCGCUAUUCUCUCUUGCAAUUGCGCCUCCGGUUCUCAAUCGUUGCCUACUGUUCUCUCGCUUGCAGUGCGCCUCCCGUUCCUCAAUCCUACCUCUAUUCUCUCUUGCAGUGCGCCUCCCGUUCCUCAAUCCGACUAUAUUCUCUUGCAAUUGCACUCCCGUUCCACAAUCCGAGCCUCCAUUCUCUCUUUCCGUGCCUCCCGUUCCUCAAUCCGAGCCGCUAUUCUCUCUUGCAGUGCGCCUCGCGCCUCUAUUCUCUCAUGCAGUGCACCUCCGUUCAAUCCGAGCCUUAUUCUCUUUUGAUUCUCCGUCUCAAUCCCCGCCUAUAUUCUCUCGCGUUCCUCAAUCCGAGCCUAUAUUCUCUCUUGCAGUGCGCCUCCCGUUCCUCAAUCCGAUCUAUUCUCUUGCUGCGCCUCCCGUUCCAAUCAAACCGUUAUUCUCUUGUAGGCCUCCGUUCCUUAAUCAUGCCUAUAUUCUCUCUCUUGCAGUGCGCCUCCCGUUCCACAAUCCGUGCCACUAUUCUCUCUUUCAGUGCGCCUCCCGUUCCUCAAUCGGCGCCCCGCUAUUCUCUCUUUGCAGUGCGCCUCCCGUUCCUCAAUCCGAGCCUCUAUUCUCUCAUGCAGUGCACCUCCACUUCCCCUCAAUCAGAGCCCAUAUUCUCUUUGCAGUGCGCCUCCAAUUCCUCAAUCCCAGCCUAUAUUCUCUUUUGCAGUGCGCCCCCAAUUUCACUCAAUCCGAGCCUCUAUUCUCUCUUGAUGCGCCUCCCUUCCUCAAUCCGAUCUCUUAUUCUCUCUUGCAAUUGCUACCGUUUCCCGUUCCUCAAUCCGACCUAUUUCUCUCUUGCAGUGCGCCUCCCGUUCCUAAUCCGAGUUAUACAUUCUCUCUUUCAGUGCGCCUCCGUUCCUCAAUCGAGCCUAUUCUCUCUUGCAGUACGCCUCCCGUUCCUCAAUCAAAGCCUCUAUUCUCAUUGCAGUGCACUUCCUCCCAAUCAGAGCCUUAUUCUCUCUUGCAGUGCGCCUCCGUUCCUCAAUCAGCCUAUGUUCUCUUUUUGCAGUACGCCCCAAUUCCCUGAUCCGAGCCUAUAUUCUCUCUUGCAGUGCGCCUCCCCUUCCUCAAUCCGAUCUGUUAUUCUCUCUUGCAUGCGCCUCCCGUUCCUCAAUCCGUGCCACUAUUCUCUCUUGCAGUGCGCCUUCCGUUCCUCAAUCCGAGCCGCUAUUCUCUCUUGCAGUGCGCCUCCCGUACCUCAAUCCGAGCCUAUAUUCUCUCUUGAAGUGCGCCUCCACUUCCUCAAUCCGAGACACUGUAUUCUCUCUUGCAGUGCGCCUCCGUUCCUCGAUCCGAGCCGUUGUUCUCUCUUGCAAUUGCGCCUCCCGUUCCUCAAUCCGAGCCUCUAUUCUCCCUUGCAGUGCGCCUCCCGUUCCUCAAUCAGAGCCACUAUUCUCUCUUGCCAAUGCGCCUCCCGUUCCUCAACCCGAGCCUAUAUUCUCUCUUGCAGCGCCGUUUCCUCAAUCCGGCCGUUAUUCUCUCUUGCAGUGCCCCCGUUCCUCAAUCCACCCUAUUCUCUCUUGCAGUGCGCCUCCCCUUCCUCAAUCGAGCCUAUAAUCGUUGCCUCUCUUGCAGUGCGCCUCCCCUUCCUCAAUCCGAGCCUCUAUUCUCUCUUGGGUGCGCCUCCGUUUCCUCAAUCCAAGCCUAUAUUCUCUCUUUCAGUGCGCCUCUGCACCUCCGUUCUCAAUCCGAGCCUCUAUUCUCUUGCAAUUGCAUCCUUCCUCCGUUCUCUCAAUCGUAGCCUGAAACUCGCCGCCUCCGUUCCUCAAUCCGUGCCACCUUCUCUCUUUCAAUUGCGCCUCCUGCCUCCCGUUCCACAAUCGAGCCUAUAUUCUCUCUUGAAGUGCUCCUCCGCACUCAAUCCGAACCUAUAUUCUCUCUUUGCAGUUGCCUCGUUCCUCAAUCCGAGCCUAUAUUCUCUCUUGCAUUGCGCCUCCCCGUUCCUCAAUCCGAGCCUAUAUUCUCUCUUUCAGUUACGCCUCCGUUCCUCAAUCAAUCUGUUGCUCUCUUGCAUUCUCUCCCUUAAUCGCAAUACAAGCGCCUCCCGUUUCCUCAAUCCCCAUAUGCUCUCUUGCCGUUCCUCAAUCAGGCCGUUAUUCUCUCUUGAAGUAGAGCCUCCCGUUCCUCAAUCCGAGCCUAUAUUCUCUCUUGCAGUGCGCCUCCUUCCUCAAUCCGAGCCUAUAUUCUCUAUUGCAGUGCGCCUCCCGUUCCUCAAUCCGAGCCUCCCUAUUCUCUCUUUCAAGUGCACCCCCUUCCUCAAUCCGAGCUUAUUCUCUCUCUUGCAAUUCAUCAAUCCGCAGUUCCUCAAUCCGAGCCUAUAUUCUCUCUUUGGAGUACGCCUCCCCUUCCCUCAAUCCGAGCCUAUAUUCUCUCUUGCAGUUGCACCUCCGUUCCCUCAAUCCGAGCCUAUAUUUCUCUCUUGCAGUACACCUCCGUUCCUCAAUCCGAGCCGUUAUUCCCGUUCCCGUUCUCCAAUCCGACCUAUAUUCUCUCUUUCAGUGCGCCUCCGUUCCUCAUCAAACCGUUUCUCUCUUGCCGUGAAUCCAAUCCGAGCUGCUAUUCUCUUGCAAUACGCCUCCCGUUUACCAACCCGUUCUCUUCUCUCUUAUCAAAAUAUUCUCUCUUGCAGUUCCUCAAUCCGAGCCUAUAUUCUCUCUUUGUUGCACCUCCCUUUUCCAAUCCGGCCUAUAUUCUCUCUUGCAGUGCGCCUCCCGUUCCCCAAUCCGAGCCUAUAUUCUCUCUUUCAGGUGCGCCUCCGUUCCUCAAUCCGAGCCUAUUUCUCUCUUGCAGUGCACUCCCGUUCCUCUAUCCGAGCCUCUAUUCUCUCUUGCGGUGCGCCACUCCCGUUCCAAUCCAGCCGUUAUUCUCUUUUGCGAGUGCGCCUCCCUUCCUCAAUCCCAGCCUAUGUUUCUCUUUUGCAGUGCGCCUCCGUUCCUCAAUCCGAGCUAUAUUCUCUCUUGCAGUGCGCCUCCUUCCUCAAUCCGAAGCCUCUAUUCUCUCUUUCAGUGCGCCUCCCUUCCCGGCCUAUAUUCAGAGUGCCGUUAUUCUCUCUUUUAGUGAGCCUCCCUUCCUCAAUCCCGGAGCCUAUAAUCUCUCUUGCAAUUGCCCCUUCCCAAUCCGGCUUCCUCAAUCCGAGCCUAUUCCUUCUCUAUUGCAGUGCGCCUCCCGUUCCUCAAUCGGCCUAUAUUCUCUCUUGCAGUGCCUCCCCUUCCUCAAUCCGAGCCUAUAUUCUCUCUUGCAGUACGCCUCCCGUUCACCGUCAAUCCCUCUUGCAGCCUCCUUCCUCAAUCGAGCUCUCUUGCAGUGCGCCUCCCCUUCCUCAAUCCGAGCCUAUAUUCUCUCUUUCAGUGCGCCUCCGUUCCUCUUGCAAUCCGAGCCCUCAAUCGAGCCCUUUCCUCUCUUGCAGUGCGCCUCCCGUUCCUCAAUCGACCUAUAUUCUCUCUUGCAGUGCGCCUCCGUUCCUCUAUCCGAGCCUCCUUCUCUCAUUCAAUUGCGCCCCCGUUCCUCAAUCCGAGCCUAUAUUCUCUGCAGUGCGCCUCCGUUCCUCAAUCCCAGCCUAUAUUCUCUUUUGCAGUACGCCUCCUUCCUCAAUCGAGCCUAUUCUCUCUUGCAGUGCGCCUCCGUUCCUCAAUCGAGCCUAUAUUCUCUUUUUUGCAGUGCGCCUCCGUUCUCAAUCAAUCAGUAGCCGUUAUUCUCUCUCUUGGUACGCCUCCGUUCCUCAAUCCGAGCCUAUAAUCUCUCUUGCCCGACCUGUGCUCUCUUGCAAUUGCCCUUCCUCAAUCCGCAGCUUAUCAAUUCUCUAUUGCAGUGCGCCUCCCGUUCCUCAAUCCAGGCCUAUAUUCUCUCUUGCAGUGCGCCUCCCCUUCCUCAAUCCGAGCCUAUAUUCUCUGUUGCAAAUUACGCCUCCAUUCCUCAAUCAGGCUAUAUUCUCUCUUGCGCCUCCCCCUUCCUCAAUCCGAGCCUAUAUUCCUCUCUUGCGGUGCGCCUCCCGUUCCCUCAAUCCCAGCCUAUAUUCUCUCUUGCAGUGCGCCUCCCUUCCUCAAUCCGAGCCUAUGUUCUCUUUUAGUGCACGCCUCCCGUUCUCAAUCCGAGCCUUAAUCUCUCUUGCAGUGGUGCACCUCCCGUUCCUCAAUCCGAGCCUAUAUUCUCUCUUGCAGUGCGCCUCCCUUCCUCAAUCCGAGCCUAUAUUCUCUCUUUCAGUGCGCCUCCGUUCCUCAAUCCUCAAUCCGAGCCUAUAUUCUCUCUUGCAGUGCGCCUCCCGUUCCUCAACCCGAGCCUAUAUUCUCUCUUUUUGUGCGCCUCCCGUUCCUCAAUCUUGCAGAGCCCUUCUCUCUUGCAGUGCGCCUCCCAUUCCUCAAUCCGAGCCUAUAUUCUCUCUCUUGCAGUUGCCUCCCUUCCUCAAUCGAGCCUAUAUUCUCUCUUGCAGUGCGCCUCCCUUCCUCCCUAUAUUCCUCAAUCCCGAGCCUAUAUUCUCUCUUUCUCACACCUCCCGUGCGCCUCCUCUUGUGCUUUCCUCAAUCCGGCCUCCUAUUCUCUCUUGCAAUUGCGCCUCCCGUUCCUCAAUCAGAGCCUAUAUUCUCUCUUGUGCACCUCCCCUUCCUCAAUCCGAGCCUAUAAUCUCUCUUGCAGUGAUAUUCUCUCAAUCGCCUCCCGCUUCCUCAAUCGACCUAUAUUCUCUCUUGCAGUGCGCCUCCCGUUCCUCAAUCGAACCUAUAUUCUCUCUUGGUGCCUCCCCGUUCCUCAAUCCGAGCCUAUUCUCUCUUUCAGUGCGCCUCCGUUCCUCAAUCCAGUAUAUUCUCUCUUGCAGUGCACUCGUUCCUCAUAAUCCGGCCUCUAUUCUCUCUUGCAGUGCGCCUCCCGUUCCUCAAUCAGAGCCGUUAUUCUCUCUUGUAGUGAGCCUCCCGUUUCGGCGCAGUGCGCCUCCCCUUCCUCAAUCCGAGCCUAUAUUCUCUCUUUGCAGUGCGCCUACCAUUCCUCAACCCGACCUCUAUUCUCUCUUUCCCGGAGUACGCCUCCUUCCUCAAUCCGAGAGCCUCUCUCUUGCAGUGCGCCUUUCCUCAAUCCGAGCCUAUAUUCUCUUUGCAGUGCGCCUCCCAAUCCGUUCUCUCAAUCAGAUCCGAGCCUAUAUUCUCUCUUGCAGUGAAACCUCCCGUUCCACAAUCCGGGCCUAUAAUCUCUCUUUCAAGUACGCCUCCGUUCCUCAAUCCGACCUAUAUUCUCUAUUGCAAUGCGCCUCCGUUCCUCAAUCCAGGCCUAUAUUCUCUUCGCAGUGCCUCCAGGCGUUCUCUCUUGUAAGCCUCCCGUUCCUCACCUAUAUUCUCUCUUGCAGUACUUCCCUUCACUCAAUCCGACCUAUAUUCUCUUUCAGUGCGCCUCCCGUUCCUCAAUCCGACCCUUUAUUCUCUCUCUUUCAGUGCGCCUCCCUUCCUCUAUCAAAAUUGCCUCUCCCAUUCUCUCUCUCUUGCAGUGCGCCUCCCUUCCUCAAUCCGAGCCCUUAUUCUCUCUUGCCUGAUGCGCCUCCCGUUCCUCAAUCCGGGCCCUAUAUUCUCUUUUUUGGUGCGCCCCCGUUCCCCAAUCCGAACUAUAUUCUCUCUUUCAGUGCGCCUCCCGUUCCUCAAUCCGAGCCUAUAUUCUCUCUUGCAGUGCGCGCCCGUUCCUCAAUCCGACCUCCCCUUUAUUCUCUCAUGCAUGCCUCCCUUCCUCAAUCCCCAGCUAUAUUCUCUUUUGCAGUUGCUUCUUCCACAAUCCGAGACUAUAUUCUCUCUUGCAGUGCGCCUCCCGUUCCUCAAUCCCGACCUCUAUUCUCUCUUGCAGUGCGCCUCCCGUUCCUCAAUCGAGUCUAUUCUCUCUUUCUUGUAUUGAGCCUCCCGUUCUACUCAAUCCGAGCCGCUAUUCUCUCUUUGCAGUGCGCCUCCCUUCCUCCUAUCCGAGCCUCUAUUCUCUCCCAUAUUCUCUCUUUUGCAGUGCCUCCGUUUCCUCAUCCCAGCCUAUAUUCUCUUUUUCAGUACGCCUCGUUCCUCAAUCCGGCAUAUUCUCUCUUGCAGUGCGCCUCCGUUCCUCUAUCCGAGGCCUCUAUUCUCUCAUGCAGUGCACCUCCGUUCCUUAGCUCCAGGCCGUUAUUCUCUCUUGCAGUACGCCUCCCGUUCCUCAAUCCAGCCUAUUCUCUUUUUGCAGUGCCUCCUUCCUCAAUCCGAGCUAUAUUCUCUCUUGCAGUGCGCCCCGUUCCUCAAUCCGGCCUAUAUUCUCUCUUGCAGUACGCCUCCCGUUCCUCAGUCGAGCCUAUAUUCUCUCUUGUGGUGCCUCCCGUUCCACAAUCGAGCCACAUUCUCUCUUUCAGUACGCCUCCCGUUCCUCCAAUCCGAGCCGCUAUUCUCUUGGUGCGCCUCCCGUUCCUCUAUCCGAGCCUCUAUUCUCUCUUGCAGUUUUUCCCGUUCCUCAAUCCGGCGUUGUUCUCUCUUGCGGUGCCUCCGUUCCUCGAUCCCGACCCUAUAUUCUCUUUUGCAGUGCGCCCCCCGUUCCUCAAUCCGAGACUCCCUAUUCUCCGUUCCUUCCGAGACACUAUUCUCUGUGCGCCUCCCGUUCCUCAAUCCGAGCUUCUCCUUCUCUUGCGGUACUUUCCUUCCUCAAUCCGAGCCUAUAUUCUCUCUUGCAGUGCCUUCACUUCCUCAAUCAAGCCGUUAUUCUAUUGCAGUGCGCCUCCCGUUCCUCAUCCGAGCCUAUAUUCUCUCUUGCAGUGCCUCCCUUCACUCAAUCAAGAGCCGCUAUUCUCUCUUGCAGUGCGCCUCCCUUCCUCUCUAUUUAUCCGAGCUUCCUCCUUCUCUAUAUUCUCUCUUGCAGUGCCCUCCCGUUCCUCAAUCCGAGCCUAUAUUCUCUCUUGCAGUACUUUCCCGUUCCUCAAUCCGAAGCCUAUAUUCUCUCUUGCAGUGCGCCUCCCCUUCCUCAAUCCGAGCCUAUAUUCUCUCUUGCAGUGCGCCUCCCGUUCCCUCUUGCAUCCGAGCCUAUAUAUUCUCUCUUGCAGUGCCCUCCCGUUCCUCAAUCCGAGCCUAUAUUCUCUCUUGCAGUGCGCCUCCCGUUCCUCAAUCCGAGCCUAUAUUCUCUCUUGCAGUGAGCCUCCCGUUCCUCAAUCCAGGCCUAUAUUCUCUCUUGCAGUGCGCCUCCCUUCCUCAAUCCGACCUAUAUUCUCUUUUGCAGUGCGCCUCCCGUUCCUCAAUCCGAGCCUAUAUUCUCUCUUGCAGUGUCCCGUUCCUCGUCAGAGCCGUUAUUCUCUCCGUUCCUCAAUCCGAGCCUCUAAUCUCUCUCUUGCAGUGCGCCUCCUUCCUCCCCGACCCUUAUUCUCUUUCACCCCCCUUUUUUACCAUUCUUUUUGGGGCCCCCGCCUUUUCCCCCAACUUACCUUUUCCCCUCCUUCCUUUACCUACCCCCUUUUCCCCCCUUCCCAAUUACCCCCUUUCUUCCCCCGCCCCCCUUUCCCUUUUUCCUUUUUUCCCCCCCUUGGGGGCUUUAUUCCCCUUUUCCCCUUUAAACCACUUAUUUCUUUCCCCUUUCCUAAAAAUUUUUUUUUAUCCCCCCCGUUCCUAAUACUUUUUUUUCCCCUCCCCCCAACCCGGCCCUUUUUCUCUGCAGUCCCUUCCCUUUCCACCCCUUUUUUCUUUUGCUUUUCCCCCCCUCAACCCCACCUUUUUCCUCUUGCACCCCCCCCCCGGCCCUUUUCCUCAACCUUCUUCCCCCGGUUUUCCUCCCCCCUUUUCCUCCGGGUGUUUUUUUC